ACUGUUCCUUUUUCUUAGGAUAAUGCAUUCUCAUUUGUUUGCAUUUCAUCCUAUUAUACGAUAUGUGUCAGGAGUAGCAUAGGCAUUGCUUCAAUCUGGACGUUUGUGGAUCAUCCAACUUUGUCUUUCUUUGAACUCCUUUUUUUUAAUGUCUAUAGGUUUGCUGAUAACAGACUUCCUGAAAAUUCAAUUCUUUUACAUUUGGAAUUAUUGUGUGGAAGUAACACCAGAGUUCAAUAGGGAAUAGUUUGAAUUUGCUGAACUUAAUCCAAUGAGCACUUUUAUUAUGCUAUAUAGCAUUGCUAUGUAUUUAGCAUAGUUAGGUUUUUAGUUUGAUUCUAAUUUUGUUAAAUAAUUAAUCUGAUUGCAUGUACUUUUGAUUUCUUUCUAUACCAUGUACACGCAUAGAAAACAUAUCUCAUAAUUGCUACUAUCUUUGGUAUAGAGGAAGUGGCGGAAAUCUCCGCUAAACUGUUGGGGCAUGAUUUGGUUGGGAUCAUGGUCGGGGAAUCUUGGUGAUCUUUCUACUUCCUUCGGUGGGUCGGGGAGCUGCCGUAAAUUGCCUGAUUAUCGCUGGGGUCGUUCAUCAUCUCAACCAGGGACUUCCAAGGUCGCUUCGGAGUUCGGAGGCUGAGAUUCCAAGUAAGGUGUCAAUCCACAACUUUUCAUCUUCGUUUUAGGUUCAUAGAGUGCUUAUGAUUAGUGUUUGGGUAUGAGAUUGGGAAUCAUGUUGAAGGUCGGUUGGGUGAUGUAAAUUCAGUUUGGUUCAAUGGUUGACUGGACUCACUAAGGAAACCAUCAUCCUUACUGCCAAAUUACUUCACUCUUAUAUCUUUUGCUUACCACACAAUAAGCAGUAUUAGGAUACAAUAUUCAGUAAGAAGUCUUCGUAUGUGUGCAUUGUAUUUGGUUCACUACUCUUUCCUAUAACUUCUUGGAGAUGUUUUUCUGUAUUCUACCACAACCUUGAUGCCAAUGCUUAACUCAUGAACAUUUGAUUGCUUCGCAUUCAAAAUUCACCAAAAUUAGCUCUUCUUGCAUAGUCUUUCUCUCUAUUUUUGUGUAACUUGGUACAUUGCUCCAUGUGCAUAAUAUCUUCCUGAAUCGAUUAGAGAUUUGAUGGUAGAGAAUUUGAUCCCUUUCUUUGAAUUUUCAAUUUGGUGAACCCGGUUGGUGGAUAAAUUCCAUUGUCACUUUUUUGGGAAUCUAGAAGUUGGCUACAUUCUUAGGCUGCGAGAUUUACUGUAUCUGUAUAUACGUAUUGGUCAACUGAAUUUUAAAGCUGAUGUUGCAGCGUUGAGUAAUGUAUCUGCUUAAUUAAGAUGGUUGUAGCUUUUUUGGGUUUGUAGUAGCUAACUUAGUAGAGUUUAUCAAAGGAUUAACAAACAAAAAGAUAGAAAAACAGUAGCAGUGAAACCAUGUUGCAAAGUCACAGCCUUGGUAAAUUGUGUAUGCUUGCUGGAGUCCAGGAAUUAUUCGAACUUCUAAUUCAGUAGCAUUUGAUGCCCCAGAACGUGAAAAUGCAUAACAUAAAGUUACUUUUUUUGUUUAAAUUUAUAGGCCGCCUUCAACUUGGUUGGAGCAUUUUGGAUUUCUUCGACUGUUAUGUUUGUGUGGUCUGUUGUAUGUGUCAUUAACUCGCACAAACUUAUGAUUGAUGAGGAGUUCAACUUCUGUUGUAACAAUUAAUUAAUUUAUAUGAAUGGCAGGUGCAAAGUUGACUGGAACGGGUGCAUCAUUUACCACGACCUCUAUUUCAGAUUGCGUCAGGUUAUUGGAGAAUUAAAUAUGGAUAAUGCAAAUGUCAUCCCAUCUGCCCAACCACAGAUUUAUCGAUCGUCUGUACCAUGUGAGUGUCAUGGUUUAGCACGCAACUGAUUCAAUGCAAACUGACAUUAAUAUUUUCCCUUGAAUCUCAUUUGUUGAGGGAACCGUCGAGCAGUUUUUAUUCAUCCUGAAGAUCAGUACCAACGCUGUGUUUUAUCUGCUAAAGAGGAAGAAGCAUUUGAGAGAGGUGUGUUCUCUGUGUUUUAAUUUUUCUAAUUAGUUCAUCUAUUCAAUGAGUAAUACAUGGUUUUAUAUUUAAAUUCUGCAGAAGAAGCUGCCUUACAAUUCCAACUCUCUCAACUUCGGCGAAUGCUAUCCCAAGUCGCCCGUAAGAGAAAACAUCAUAUUUUGAAACAGAAGGUUCAUAGGAGGGGUUUGCAUUUUGAACACCAAGGUUGUUGUUUGCUAAAUUUUGUAGCAAGUCUUACAUAUUAGGCUAUUCUGUAUUGUUCAUUCUUUAUUUAUUUCUUGAUUAACUUAUUUAUUUUGGCGUUGUUCAUAGUUUGGGAGCCUCAGUUUAGAUUUCUAUUACAAAAACAAAGUAGAUUACUUCGACGUAUUCAUCUGCAUAGAAAGAGACGUGGCCGAAGUUUCUUUCCUACAGAAGUCAAUCAAAGUAUGUGGAUUCUAAUGGGCACUGUUAUACAUGACAUGGUUCAUCUCUAUUUUGGAUCAGUUUUUGUACAUUGGAUAUAUGUUUUAGUGUUCUGGUCAACAUAUUUUGUUCCCUUUUUAGUCUUAGAACAUAUAAUGUACCUAUUUAUGUCAUGUAUAUAAUUUAAUGAUGUACGCUUCAUGUCACCUUAUGCAAAUAGUGGAUUGUUUUUAGAUGUUGAUGUGUCAACGACAAAUUUGUGUGUUAUGAACAAACUUUGGUGUUUUCUGAAAUUUGAGUUAUUCUUACUUAAAAUGAGCAGUAUACCAAUCUAUCUUUCCUUGAGAACAUUUGUUUUAAUAAUUGUGUUUACUGUAGCGCUACUACAUGGGCUUGACAGUUUCUCCAACGCAUUCAAUUUAUGAAUUACUGUGACAAAAAUGUAUUAAUAUUACUUAUCUAUUUCACUAGGUCUUCCGUUGGUUGAAUUUUUUGAUAUUGGUCCACCUUCAUGUACGUGUCAACAUUGUGGAGCAGUUAUGUGGCGGUUCGAGAGUACUUUAUCUACACGGAAUGAUGUGUUGCCUGCAUUUUCUUUAUGUUGCAAACAUGGUAAAGUGAAAUUGCCUCCCCACAGAGAUGUGCCCGAAUUUCUUAAAACUAUAAUUGAAGGGGAUACACCAUUAGCACGUCACUUUCGUAGUAACAUCAGAGCCUAUAAUGGGGUUUUUUGCUUUAUUUCUCUUGGAGGUAAAGUGAAUCACUCUAUUAAUGAUGGUCGUGGAGUUUAUGUAUAUUCAAUCGGUGGUCAGAUUUAUCAUCGAAUAGGAUGUUUGAUUCCUGGUGAUGGGGAUAGUCCGAAAUUUGCACAACUUUACAUUCACGAUUCAGAUAACGAGGUCCAGAAUCGUAUGGACUUUUACUCUACUGAUCCUGCCAAGAAUCCGUUGCUCCAGUCUAUUGUUGAAGGCCUCCAGCAUAUGUUUGAUGUCAAUAAUAUCCUGGUACGUACAUUUCGUUCCGCGCGAGAUAGGAUACAAAACUCUGGUGUCCAGGAGCUUCAACUCAAACUAUUGGCUAAGCGUGGCAUUAAUAGUAGAGAAUAUGAUUUGCCCUCUGCGAAUGAGAUUGUAGCAUUGAUUGUAGAUGAAACAGGAGAGCAAUCAUUUUCUCCAGAUAUAAUUGUUCAACAGAAGGGUUCAGAAAUGGAAAGGAUUAGCCUAUACCAUCCAAGUCUGAUGGCAUUACAAUAUCCAAUUUUAUUCCCAUAUGGCGAGGAUGGGUGGCAUCCCUGUAUUAGCUAUAGUCACAGUAGCUCUAAUAUCCGUGUUGGAGAUAAAAUGAUAACGCAGUGUGAUUUCUAUGCAUAUCGUCUUCAAACCCGUCUCCAGGAGUCGAAUUCUCUGUUAUUAUCUGGUAAAUUGUUUCAACAAUAUAUGGUGAAUGCAUUUGCGGUAAUUGAGGCUGAACGCUUAGACUGGAUGCGUACCCAUCAGUCGAAGCUAAGAGGACACUACUACAAGGAUUUGUUGAAUUCUUAUUUGCGAGGGGAUAGUGAUAUCAAGCUUUCUGGGAAGCCAGUUAUUUUAGCUGCCUCACACACUGGUAGUCCAAGAUACAAGUAUGAAAAUUUUCAGGAUGCGAUGGCUAUUUGCAAGUGGAUUGGUUAUCCUGAUUUGUUUAUAACAUUCACUUGCAAUUCUAACUGGCCAGAGAUACAGUUAAUGGUUGAUUUGAUUAGAAGGUAGAAGGUACAGUGGCAAAGAUCCUGACCGGGCUGACAUCACCGCCAGAGUUUUCAAAAUCAAGCUUGAUGAGUUUUUGUUAGAGAUUCGCGAGAAACAAAUAUUUGGGAAAAUCAAUGCCUGUAUGUGUGCUUAUUUAUUCGUUAUUUAUCUAUUAAUGUUCAUCCAUUACUCUCUUACCUCAUUGAACUAAUAUUCCUUUUCCACUAUUUGCAUCUUGUUGUACAGAUGUCAAAGCAAUUGAAUGGCAAAAGCGGGGUCUCCCUCAUGCACACAUAUUGCUUUUUUUGGCCUCGGAGAAUAAAUUCCAUGGUCCUGCGGCUAUUGAUUCCAUAAUAUGUGCUGAAAUUCCGGAUCCUGAUCUUGAUCCUAAACUAUAUGCAGUUGUCACAAGUUCAAUGAUGCAUGCCCCGUGUGGUACAGUACGUCCUAAUAAUGUGUGCAUGAAGAAUGGGACAUGUAGUAAGCAUUACCCCAAGGAAUACUCUUCUCAAACAACUAUCGAUGAAACUGGGUUUGCUAAAUAUCGUCGGCGGAACAAUGGUAGAGUUUUCAACUGUGGCGGGGUUGAUCUGGAUAAUCGAUGGGUUGUACCCUACACUCGAUAUUUGUUACUAAGAUUUGGAGCGCAUAUCAAUAUUGAAUAUUGUAACAAGACAAGGUAUGGCUGAAGUAAAUCGUAUUUAUCUAUAUGACUUGCAUGUUAUUUGUCGUAAUACUCAACUAGAUUAGAUUUGUGAUUAGUAAAAUUUCAUGUAAGUAUUUUUAUCUUGAUUAGCUAAUCUUCAAAUGUAUCCUCCUCAUCCUUACAAUACGUGUGUGAAUGGUAUGCUUUCUCCCUUAAUUAAAUAAUGACUUUAUUUCUAACUUAUUAUGAAUGUUCAUUCAAAUUACAUGUUCCUCUUCAACGAAUUGCAAAAUUGCAACAAUCUUAUGAUAAUAUAAAACAAGACUCAAUUCUCGACACUACCAUUAUAUAUAUUAUAACUCCAUUUUCCUUAAACAAUUGCGGCCAACGGGCCGGGCUAUAGGCUAGUAUUUAAUUAGGUGGAGACAGUUUGUUCCUGCCUGCACCCGCGAUUUGUUCCCCGAGGAGAACAUAUGUUAGGAGACGGACUGGGCUGACCCGCACAAAAAAGUAUUGGGCCCAAUCGUUUACCCAUCAUUCUUGCUGAAGUGGGCCGCCAACUCCCACAAAAUAGGCUGUUUGCUUUCUUUGACAAGCAAAUAGGAAACGGUGUAGAUAAAUUUACAAUUUCAAAAUUCUCUAUUGUCCCUAUUUAUAAAGAAAAGUUAGGUUUCAUGAGUGUUAAAUUUUUUAUGGUAACAUCUUUUUUUUAUUCAAACCAUUUUUAGAUUCUUUUAUAUUAUUCAAACCUGUUAAAAUGCUAUUAAUUAGUCAAAUCUCUCGUAAUGCAUUAAAACAUUAGCCAUUUUUAUGUAACUCUUUUCUUAGUUAAAAUACUAAAAUUUUGGAAUGUUGACCUUCUUGUGUCUCUUCCAAGAUAUUAUCAUAUUGCCAAGUCAAUUUUACUAACAAAAUUGUUAAAAAUUAACAUUUGGCUAAUUCUUAGUAUUUCGAUAGGUUAGUAUAAUAUAAAAGAAUCUUAAAAGAUUUUGGAUAAAAAAAAUAGAGAUUACCUUUUUUUUAUAAGAGCUAGUGCUAAAUUACGUAAUAGAUGUUGUCUAAUUAGUAAUUAUUCUAAUUAUCAUAUCAAGCCCUCUUUUAAAUGUGGUAAUGAGUUAUACAAACUUAAUCGAAUCAAAUACUCAAAAUGAAUGAUGAAUUUCGUU